CAAUAAUUUAUGCGCUGAUAUGCAUAAAAACCUGUGCCAAAAAUGCAAACCCCAAAAAUAAUGCGAGUCAUUUUGCAAGAAAUGGCAAAGAAAGGCGGUGUUCAGCAAUUACAGGCGGAUAUCAGCAGCGAUGAGGAGUUUGAAAAGUUUCUACAGCGGCCCGGUCUGCUUGUGCUGGAUAUAUAUUCGGAAUGGUGCGGACCCUGUCUGGGCAUGGUGGGCAGUCUGCGCAAAAUAAAACUCGAGCUGGGCGGCGACAACUUGCAGCUGGCAAUUUGCAAAGCUGGUUCGAUAUCGUAUCUGGAAAGGUUUAACAAGAAAAGUGAGCCAACCUGGAUGUUUGUAGCAGUAAGUUCUGACUACACACCACACAUGUCUGGCGAUAAUUCGCUGAAUUUUCUUAUCUAUAUGUGUGUGCAGAAUGGAAAGGCUAUAAACAUUAUGUUUGGCACAGAUGUGCCGAAACUGGUCGCCCUAAUCACCAGAGAGCUGGAGUCAACCAUUGCCAAAGAGCCGCACGAAACCUUUGAAAUCACCGAGCUGCAGCCCAUUGAGCUGGAACAGUUGCGCAUUAAAAACGAGGCUCUCGAGCUGGCCGCAAAAAUAGAGCUCGAGGAGAGUAAAAAGAAGCGCAUCGAGUAUUUGAGAUAUGUGACGGAUAGCAUUAUGGAGAAUUUGCCGGAUAUUGGCAUAACGGUGUUUGGGCCACAAGUCAAUCGGGAUAUGUUCAAGAAGCUCUCCGAGCCAGCCGAUCCACUCAAAAUUCAAUGCAAAGAUCGUAAAGUGUUUGCAAUAACACAAAGUGAUCUCAAUACGGUGAACUUUGCUGCCGAGAAUCCAUUGCCCAUUGAUGUCAUGAAGUACCUGUACGACAAGGAGCUAUUAAUGUGCUUCUGGAAAGUGGAUGAAACGAUCGGAACGCCACCAAAUAUACUACAGCAAUAUGCAUUUGAGCUAACAAAGGAGAUCGUCAAGCCGCCCGAUGAGUUCAACGAAGAGGAAACUAUUCUGCCACCUCUAAUAAUACCCCUAGAGAUAACCAUCGAGGCUGCAAAAGAAGAGAAAGACACGCCUGAAAAUACGAUAGAGCCAUUGGAGGAAAGUCCUGAAGCUGAGCAGGAUGCUCUAGAGGACGCAGUGAAAUUCAAGGUAAUUCAAAUACCGCCCAUUUGGGUGCCAACUGACCAGAGAACGCAUGCGGCCCUCAUCUACAUAUAUUUCCGGGCACAAACAACGACUUUUCUGGCCGCCGAUCCAGCGCCAGAGCCACCUCACAUAAUCAUGACUUUUGAUGCUUAUAAGAAAAAGGAUCUGAUUAAUCUUGUGGAUGCGUGCAAGGAUGAUGUGCCGCUCUAUGGUUUCUUCAACAGCGAUAAUCCACAGACUGCAGUUUUUAUAGCCAAUUCCGUGGAGAAAUAUAACGCCAAGCCAUAUGUACCCACCGAUAAAAUUGUGCUGAAAGUUAACAAAGUGACGACAGCCACGAUACCACUGCUAAUGGAAUAUGGGCCCAGCUAUGUUAGCCCCAAUUCGGUUGUUGGCCAUAAGGAAGCAGCCAAGUUUUUUCCCCCCAGCUACAAAUCAGCCCUGCAAGAAGAGGCCGAAUUGCAUGCUGUUAAAGCGGAGAAGCCCAAAAAACGAAAAAAGAACAAAAAGGGAGCUGAUGCCGAGGAGAGCGAACAGCCAAACAUCAGUGCCCAAGCGAACUGCCAGGAAGCCGAUGAAGCAGCCAAGACCUCGCCAGAGGAGGGCGCAUCCACAACCAGUAGCGGCGAGGACAGUUGCGAAAGUCGACCACCGACUGCCGAUGGCAAUAACCUAUCCGCCGAUGGACCUCAGCCAUAGGAUAGUCAUAUUUAUAUACAUAUAGACUAAACGAUUAUACUAUACUCAACAUAUACCGUAUACUAUACCAUAUAAUGUACUAAACAAUAUUUUACUCAGAUAUUUUUCUAAUAAAGCGCUUUAUCAAAUAUGUCAAA